AUGCGUAAGUAUUACUUUUCAGCACCGAUCUUGUAAUUACAGUAAUCGCAAGUUUCGAGUUCUCCAAUGCACAUUUGGUUAUGUCGGCGUUCUUUAAAGAAAUAUUUGAUCAACGCUGUUUAGUUCGUACGCAGUGUAUUCCUUAGAUAUUUCGUUGAUUAUGACAAAAUUAGCUGAAAUAAUCACGCUGUUAUUGGUUUUAUUCGUGAGGGAUCAUGAGGCCGACGAAUUUAGGCUCGCCGGAUGUGCAACUGAAACACGCGGUGACGUGUGAAAUUCUAAGUUUUCAACUUUAAAUGCAAUUGUAGUUUAAGAUAAAAGUAGGUGUAUUUACACUAUUUUUAACUGACUUCUGUUUAUAGAACAAUGUCGAACAAUUUCGUUCUCAUAAGUGAUUAUUUACACACAUUAACAUUACGCAGUUUGCAAUAACGCAAAACCUGGUAAAAGAACAGUAAGAAACGCGAUUGAAAAAUGUGUUGCAUCUAAUAGAGCCAUAAAUUGCGUUAAAUUGCGUUAACGCAAUAUAUGGUAUAAAAAGUAUGGACUAUAGCCUUUACUUUUUAUACCACAUAUUGCGUUAACGCAAUAUAUGGUAUAAAAAGUAAAGGCUAUGGUCCAUACUUUUGAAACCACAGUUUGCAAUAACGCAAAACCCGGUUAAAGAAUAGAACUGAGACAUAUUUUAACGCGAUCGCAAAAUGUGGUAAAUCUACUAGAGCCAUAAAUCGCGUUGACGCAAUACGUGGUAUAAAAAGUGAGGGCUAUAUUUUGAAACUAUAGUUUGCUGUUGAAUGCAUUGUAAGACAUUGUUUGAAACGCAAAGAAAAAAAUGUGUUUGUUUCACUUGCAGGGAUUGUAAUUAGACGCGAUAGAAAAAGGUCAACAUGUGCUUUGUGUGGCACGCGUAGGCCAGGUUACCCACGUCCUCGGUCCGUUCAAGAUGGCGACGACUUUACGAAUGAAUUAGGCCUGUUCCAAACGUCGUGCUACUGCCGUGCCGAACUCAAAUGAAAUAGUAAUUUCGAUUUAAGCACGGCAGUAGCACGCCGUUUGAAACCAUUAAGCGCGGCACGGCUGAAUUAGGUUCGGCACGACUACUUAGCGCGGCAGGCCUUACCGUGCCGCACGGCAGUAGCACGACUUGGUUUCAAACGUUGUGCUACUGUCGCGCCGAACUCAAUUCAUAAAUUAAUUUAACGGAUUUUGCAUUAUUUGCAUAUUAUUACGCAUGCGCACUAAUAAAAAAGACAAGUCUACCCGUUUUGCCCGAAAGCUUGAGAGAAGAGGAAUCCGACGGUGACAAUAAAUUGCUUAGGGUUAGGGUUAGGGUUUGGAAACGCCGGCACGAUCGUAAUACAGUAACUUCCUGGCUCUCGUCAAGGGAAACCAGAAGAAGAAUAAAUGAAAAAACUUUCAAAAGUAAUCCUCUCCUUGCAAUAACAGUAUUCAAUAUGGACUGUUGCAUUCGCCUGCGUUGCCUUCUGGCAUUUAAAAUUUUCUUAAACAAAUUUGGAUGGGGCGAUACCGCUGGAUGGAUGGUUUGUUUUGUCUUUUGAAUUUGGCGCGACUGCAUUAGGUUCGACGUUUGAAACCGCUGCCGUGCUAUCGUCGUGCCACUGCCGAGCCAAAUUCAUUUGAGUUCGGCACGGCAGUAGCACGACGUUUGGAACAGGCCUUAGGGAAUGUAAACAGUCUAACUGUUUACGAAUGAGAAGGAUUUCGCUCCUUAUGAGAAAUUCAUAAAAGCUGCCACUCUUUUUUGAGGCCUUUCUGCAGGGAGACCAAAACCAUGCGAACUUAUGUUUUUCUCGGCAUGAGAAAUCUGCAAGCAAAUAUUAUUUUUGGUCUGUCGGUUUAAACAUAAACGUGUUUUUAGAUGGUAAGACAAGGAAUAUAUGGUGUGGAGGUCAGUUUAAACGAAAUACUCUGGACUUCAAGAAACUUAUAACUAUACCCAAUUAGAUAAGAACUGUGCGAGUUUAGGCAAAUGUGCAAAUGUGCUUAUAAUAAUCUUAAAACAUUUUUUUUUUUCAGAGGUGAUGGGUGAAACAAAAGGGAAGAAAAUUGGCACAUUACGUUGUCGUGGGCUCAAGCCUCCUGUUAUCAGGGGCUAUGCAGCCGCCUUUAGAUGAGUAGCACAAUCACCAUACCCACUUCUGUAACAUGUAUGGAAAAUGUGAAAAUUGCUAGUUUGGGACAAAAUCACUUUUUAGGUCUGUUUUAAACUCACAUUUAUUAUUACAACUGAUUUAUUUCAAACUAUUUUAUUUUUGUCACAUUUGAUUCAAAUUUGUAUUUACCCAUAAUCCCUUGUAGGUGUGUUUUUUUUCACAAAUAAUCAAUUUCGAGUUCACUGACACAGUAAAAAGUAGAAAUAAUAACAUUUUGUAUUACAUGGAGGCUAGUAUCUCCCUAGUGAGAUCAACUGGCACUCUAAAACUGACUUUCUGCCUCUUUUUUACAACUUGAAGAUCACAUCACCAUUUUUCUCUUGGAAAUUCAGCUCUUUUUGCGAUUCUUUUCAUUAUAUUUUAGAUUCCUUAGCCUAUUCUUUUCCUGCUUUUUCCUCCUCCACUUUUUGAUCCUCGCAAGCUUUUCUUCCUUUUCGUUAACCAUAUCUCUUUUCAAGCGCACUUGUCGUGACCGGAAGCGAGUUGUGUUACCCUUUUUAUGUUACGUGCAUGAACUGAUUGCGAAACGGGUGAUUGUAACAAUAGGCUAUUCAUCUUAAGGAUAAAAUAUAGAAUUACAGACAGAUGAGAUCAAUUUUGGAGAGAGAAUACCACGACGUGUUCCCACAAAGUGAGAGCUGUAAAUCGUGAGAAAUAUUAAAUCUGGUGAAAAUCUUCAUACGCGAGAGUUUCCUUUGUCGGCGAGCACCAUUUCCCGACACACUCGAAGCGAUAUUUACAGAUGGCUAAAUCUCAGAAAAAUUAUUGAGCUUGAAGACCCCAACCCUUUGAUAACGUCGCAGAAACCAAAAUAGGAAAGGUUACCAAGAUAUUUUCGACACGGAGAUGAAAAGAUGAAGGCGAAAAUGGCGGAGCAAACAGCAGAUUUCAUAGCGCUUUUGGUGGCAUUUGUGGCGAGACUCCGUUCUCAAUAUGGCGUCAACAUGGUAAAAAGCGUAGCGACUUGGUCAAAAGUGAAUAUUUUGGCCGUUUCUAAAGAUAUGGACCCGAAAACUUGGAAAUGACAAGAGAAACUUAUGAGCAUUGAAGUGUAAUCGAUUUCGAAACCUGACUUUGCCGUGUUUGAAGUAUAUUAGCGAAGGAGAAGGUAAGUUGAUGAAAAAUAUUAUUGCGUAAUCAGGUUUUACAAAACCGUAGCGACUGUUUUACACUGAUAUUUCUCCGUUUAUAGUCAAUCCUUUAGACUGAUUUUUUCGCUAUUUUAGAACACCAAGUAUGAGCAUUUGGUUAAUGUGUUUUUUUCCCCCACAGGAUUCCAGUUCAGUCAUUCUGCGGACAACAACUUGGUGUACUUCCAAAUUCUGAAACCCAGCGUUACACAAAGGAUACUUAAGAAUGAUGAAUCUUUUCUAUGCGUUUUAAUAAACUUGAAAUGUCAAAGUUUUGCUCAAAUGUAGUGUUUAUUGUGUGUUAUCAUUAGGUGUAAUUUGUUUGCUCAAACGAGCUUUCUUUUCAGUGAAAAAUGUAUUUAAAAAUUUUACCACUGAGAUUGUGUUACGCGUUACAACCAAAAUUGGCUCGAUUUUUCAUCUUUCACGGAUAUUUUCUCAAAGACAGUAAUGUGGUUUUCUGAUUUUUGCUUUUUUUACUAUAAUCAAUAAGAACAAUUUUACCUGUAAGCAAAGAUUUGGCUUCAAUGAAAAUGUAAAACAGAAGAAAUCAUUGAAAGUUUGCAGUCAACCCCCUAUGGGCAUGGUGAUUGUGCUACUCAUCUUUAAUUAUUGGUUCUGUGCGUUUGGGCACACGGAGCAAUACAGCGAAGCCAUUGUUACUGCUGAAGAUGGCUCUCAACGAGUUGUGCCAAAGGGAAAUCCCAUGUCGUCACCUGGUAGGUUAUAAAAUGAUUCAUGUAUAGUCUUACACAUCAGCUUGAUGCUGUUAAAUAUAAAAGGAAAUGCUCAUUUCUCUUCCUGUUUUAUUGACUAUUUCCUUAAUUUUCAUGAGCUUAAUGUUGUCUCUACUCUCUAUGAUAUAGUUUACCCUUGAAUGUUCUCUGCUUCUGACUGGUUUAGUAAUAGUUUGGCUGAUAGUGUUCAUCUGGGGAGGGCACUAUCAGCCCAUAGCACUGGUCAGAGGGUAAUACCUGGAUGGAUAAAAGUCAUCCACAGACUGGAAAACCCCACUAAACUCACUGCAUUUGGUGGGUCUCUUGCCGGUUUUUUUUUUUUUUUUUUUUCAUUCAUUUUUUAUUUUUUUAAAAUGUCAGCUUUCAAAUCAUUCAUCCAGAAAUUUAAAAAAAUAAUUUAGUGUCAUUGUUUUUAAAAUUGGCAUGCCUUGUCUUGGAACUAUCGGUUUGAUAGCUGCUUCUUGGAAAUUUGAUAUUCUAAAAUCUAGCACGUUAGCUCUUGAAGCUUCAUUUAUCAAGCUAAUAUAUCAAUGAUAGUGUCUACCUGUGGAGGGCACUAUCAUCUUAUAGUGCCUAUCCCAGAAAAAUGCUCAGAUGGAUAGUGCCCUUCCUUGAAAUUUCCUGUAAACAAGCGGGCCUACAGCCCCAAAAAACUAACCAAAUUCACUGUAUUUAGUGUAUUUGUUGUCGGUUUUUUUUGUUGUUUGUUAAAUUUCAGCUUUCAAUUGAGUCUUUUAUUCUGAAAAGUAAAAACUAACUCACAAUGCUCAUAUUUAAUUGGGUGCACAUAUCCAAGGGGCAACUAUCAGUCUGAUAGUUGCCCCUUGGAAAUUUGAUGUUCUUAAAACUAGGAUAUUAUCCCUCACAACUUAACCUCUUGGGCUCAUAUUUGUUUUAAGAACAUUAAAUUUCUGUGGGGUAACUAUCAGUAGAUAGUUCCUUGACAGAAACACUCGACUAUUGUUUAAUAGUUCCUGUAUGUAAACCAUUUAUUUAAAUAUUUUGAGGAGAAUGUGAUGCUGGUCACCCUCAGGGGUUAAAGAGUUUUGAAUAGGCAGGUUGCUUUAAUUUGCAAUUCACAUUCCUUAAGUCACAAGCACAGAUCGGUGUGUUAAUGAUAUAGUGUUCUAACCCUAGAACAGUUAUCAAAUAGUUGUUUAGGGCUAGGUGAAUUUAUUUAUUAUGUUUAUAUAUAUUAAUAGCACAGCCACCUGUGGAAUGAUGUGUAAAAGAGACCUGCUGGUUUAGAAUAAUUUUUUUAUCUAUGUGUCAUAGAUGUUACUCAGAUGAUAAAGCAGCUUGUGAAGAGGGCUACAAGACCUACUGCUAAGGACACCCGGCAUGGAAGGGUGCCUUAUGAGCCCAAGAAGGCACCACCAUUUACCCUUCAGCAGCUACUGCGCAUGCGUGCAUACUGCCUUAAUACAAUAGAGGUAAUCAGAAAUAAAUAAUAAAAUUAAAGGAGGGAGCAUAACUAGUUGGUAGGGAGGGGUCAGACAUAAUCAUUUUGAGGAAGCCCAUGAGCUCUGUUUUUUGUUUCAGGAGAAAAUGGACUAGUAGUUCUAAUCGGUAAUGCUAUGUUAUUCACCAGUACAAUACCUAUCUAUAUGAUAAAAAAUUGUUUACUUUCAUAGGGUUUACGAGGUAUAUGGUUAUGGACUGUUACAUUGUUUUCCUUUGCACUGUUCCUGAGAGGGGAGGAACCUCUUCGUCUCAAGCUGAAGAACUUGAGGUUACCUGCCAAUUUCACCUUAGGUAAUGAUUAGUGUAUAGCUUGUCUUGCACAACAAUGAAGUAUAUGUAACAUUUAUCACAAAUUUAUUUUAAAAGCCAAUUUCAUAAUUUACUGUAUACAUUUUUUACUCCUGACUUGAUAUCUGAAAGGGCUGGGCAAGUAAUUACUACUACAAAUCUGUUUUUAUAAAUUUCUGCUUUUGAAUUGUUUUAUUAAUAUUGUUAAUGACCAUUAAUAUAAUAUCUUAUUUUCAGGUGAUCCCAUUACAUUGCCAAAGCGAAUUGAGGUAAAAAUACCAUGGUCAAAGGCAGAUAGAAAAGCCAAAGGUGGGUAUAUAUGUGUUACAGGUCAAAAUUAGCCUUAGGUCAUUUUUCCAACCAGGUUAUUUUUUUUGACCUAGUUUAUUUUUUUAUACUAGAUGUAUCACAGGCGGCCCAAGCUCCAGCUGUGAGAUGAUCAUCUUGCGCAAUAACAGUCAUGGCGGAAUUAUAAGAGUUUGUAUGGGAAUAUUUACGACCGCUCCAAGGAAUAAAAAAAUACGUCAAAUUCUCAAAAAAAAAUACCUCACCUUACUUCCACAGCGUAUUGCUUGUUAUCUGACCGCUUACUUUGAUGAAAAGAGCCCAUUUGAGCGAGUUGUUCAUUUCGAGGUUUUCAACGUACAUAAGAAAAGCCUUUUCUUAUGUACGUUGAAAACCUCGAAAUGAACAACUCGCUCAAAUGGGCUCUUUUCAUCAAAGUAAGCGGUCAGAUAACAAGCAAUACGCUGUGGAAGUAAGGUGAGGUAUUUUUUUUUGAGAAUUUGACGUAUUUUUUUAUUCCUUGGAGCGGUCGUAAAUAUUCCCAUACAAACUCUUAUAAUUCCGCCAUGACUGUUAUUGCGCAAGAUGAUCAUCUCACAGCUGGAGCUUGGGCCGCCUGUGGAUGUAUAAGUAGAAAUUUAAAGUUAAAACACCUCCCUUCCAUCGCUGUCUCUGAACCUCCCUCCACCAUCCUUCCUCACCCUGUGGAAAAUAUUUCAUAAAGUAUUGCUAAUGAAGUCAUACUCUAAAUGUGUGGUUCCAGAAAAUGUCCAAACUACCCCCACAGAAGGGAUUGGAAAUUCUUGGUGGUGGGGUCUCAGAGACCAAAACCUUUUAAGGAAAUGUAUGAAGCUCAAUUGGAAUUUCUAGGGGGUGAGGGUCUUAUGAAAAAUCUCUUUUGUGGGAUAGGUAGGGAUAAUUUAUGGAACUACACACUACUGACGACGGGAACAGAGUGUUUUUGAUGAAAUUUAAGGUGUUCAGAUAAAUGAUAUAACACUGUCUUGAGUGUUUAAUAACUUCUUUGCAUUUGAAACAAUGAUAAAUUAUUAAUGAGUUUAAAAAGUUUAUACUGAUUUUUUAAAUAUUUUCUUACAACAUGCUGUCAUUAUUCAUGUCUUAGGUAAAGUCAUCAAUAUAAAUAUCAAAUUGUUUAGUGUAAAUGGAAGCAAUGACGAUGGUGUUAGAGUUCCUGGAUCAGUUAUCAAACCUUGCUAAAUCAUGGUAGCAAUUGUAGGUAUCGUUAAGGGGCCCAAGAUAACCUCUAAAAACCCUACAAAAAGGUUUGGUUUGGAAGGGUUUGAGGCGGGCUUUUACCAUUCUAAUCAUCAAUCAUUUGAUUUCAGGUGUUACACUUACCCUGUGGAGUAACCCUUUCAACAAACAGUUGUGCCCUGUGACUGCUCUUAUUGCAUGGUUACUUGUAGCAGGUUUGUAA